AUGAACAGAUUUAGAAACUUGGAUCUGACAGCAAUCACUCAACAAGCCAGAGCUGGAUUUGCCAGACAACAAUCUCGCAUUUUUCCUCGUGCUACCACUAUAUGCAUCUUGCAGAGAGCUUACAAUACCACCACCACCACCCAACACGUUCCUCAAACUUUGAAUGGCUGGGCAUGCUUUGGAAAAGGAGAGCCAUUGAAGAAGGCUGAAUUUCCAUUGACUCAAUUUGAUGAUGAUUCGGUUGACAUGGAUAUCAUUUGUUGCGGAAUCUGUGGAACUGACAUUCAUUGUAUCGAUUCUGGUUGGGGUCCAACAAACUAUCCUGCAGUGAUGGGACACGAAAUCAUUGGCCGAGUGACUCGAGUGGGCAAGAAUGUAAAGCAUCUUAAAGUAGGCGAUAGAGCAGGUGUAGGGUGCCAAUGCGGCUCUUGCCAUCAAUGCACCAACUGUAAGGAUCACAAGGAAAACUUAUGCGAGGAUCAUGCUAUUUGGACGUUUAAUGAUCACUGGUCUAAUGGCGAUACAACAUAUGGUGGUUUUAGUGAUCGUUGGCGAGGAAACAAGGAUUUUGCCUUCAAGAUUCCUGAUGCCCUUUCCAGUGUGGAUGCCUCCUCUAUCCUGUGUGGCGGUGUCACUACUUUUGCGCCUAUGAAGCGUUUUGGCGUUGGUAAAGGUAGCAAGGUUGCUGUGCUCGGUUUAGGAGGUCUUGGUCACUUUGGCGUUCAAUGGGCCAAAGCUCUUGGCUCUGAAGUGGUCGCUUACGAUAUUGUUCCUGAUAAAGCUGCUGAUGCUAAGGCCCUGGGUUGCGAUGACUAUGUGCUUGUCAAUCAGCCUGAACAGAUGAAACGCCAUAUGGACUCUUUCAGUCAUAUUCUUGCUACCAAGAUUCUCAACAAGAAUUGGGAUGACUACUUUGCCCUGCUCAAAAAGAACGGUACAUUUAUCAUGUGUGAUAUCCCUGAAGUCCCAUUAACUGGCCUGAAUGCGCUUACCAUGGCAGCCAAGCAGCUUAAUGUUGCUGGUUCCUUCAUUGGGUCUCCAGAUGACAUUAGGAAGUCAUUGGAAUUUGCUGCUAAGCAUGGCGUUCGCACUUGGGCCCACGAAUUCCCCAUGGAUCAAAUAAACGAGGCUAUUGAAUAUGUUAGGUAUGGCCAUCCCCGUUAUAGAGCAGUUCUUACAAAUUAA